AUGGAGGCUCGCCGGACGGCUGGAUGCGGCGGCGCGGCGGCGGCGCAGCGGCUGGACGCUGCAGUGGUGGAGGCUCACUGGAGGUGGAUGGCCGGAAGGCCGGCAUGCUUAGGAGGCGGGGGUCAGGCGGCGGCGGGGCUGCGGUUCGUUCAGGAUGAGAAGGUGGAGGAGGAGGGCGUGGAGGAGCGGGAGUUGGUGGAGACUGGUGAGGUGUGGAAGGAAAUCAAAACCGAGUUCAAUAUUCAUCUAAAGCGCAGGGGGUUUGUUUCAGCGCGGACAUGGGUUCUUGAUUUCUUCGACCGCUGUUCGGACGUGGAAGACACAGUUGUGAUGGUUGUUCUAUGGCGCAUUUGGGAUGCACGGAACAAGGCCCGGGAAGGUGAUACUCCGAUGCAUCCACGAGCUACUGCGGCCAAGGCGAAGGCUUAUGUCGAGAUGAUUUUAAACAAUUUAUACAAGACAGCUCCUACCUACAGGUGUGAGUCCUCCUCAUCCAGGGCCAAAUGGACUCCACCGCCAGAAGGUACUGUUCUUAUCAAUGUUGAUGCUGCCAUCUUUGCGACGUCCAGACGUAUGGGAGCCGGCGUGGUCGCUCGUAACCAUGAUGGGUCGUUCCUUGCCGCUUGCGGCGAGCGAUACGAUGAGGUCGUCGUGCCAGAGAUUGCGGAAGCCAUCGCUGUUCGGCGUGCACUCUCGUUUGCCCAGGAGGAGGAAUUCUCCAAGAUCAUCAUCGCUUCGGAUUGCCUCUCGGUGAUCGAACGCAUUAAAUCAGGGGAGGUUGAUCGCUCCUUGUGCGGGCCGGUGAUUGAAGAUAUCAAGCUGAUGUCCAAAGGUUUUGUUCUCUGUGAGUUUUGCCAUGUCUACCGUGUAACAAAUGUCGCUGCUCACUUACUAGCCAAGGAGUGUGAGUCCUUUGAGAGUAGUGUGUGGCGUUCUGGUGCUCCCUAUUCGUCCUCCUCCGACUUGGAGGAGCUGCUCGACGACGAUUUGGAGAAGACGGCGGUGAUACUCGUGGCGGCGGCAGUCACGGACGUGUGGCCGAAGAAGCGGAAGGGCUCGACCAUGGGGCAUCUGUGCGUCCCGCGGAACCGCGCCCUCGGACACAACUUGCUCAUGGGCGAUUAUUUCGCCGAGCGCAGCGCCACCGCCGAGGGGACCAAGUUCGCUGGAGCCGCCGAGCGCCGCCUCUGGCCGAGCCACCACCCGAAGCGCCACACCUCGUCCGAGCCGGAGGACCACCGGAACGUCGACGCCGCGCACGCCCGCACCUCGUCAUCGCCACCUCAGCGCCACGCCAGGAUGACGACAUCUUUCACAAGAUGCAGCGAGUGCAUCGUAUUCCAUAAUUGGCACCUCAACGGUGACUGGAAAAAGAGUUUCAUCUGUGAUUUCGUGAAUGUACCAACAAAGUUGGCAAAAAUUAUGGGACAACAUAUAUGUAAUGAAGUCAAAAUAGAAGUGCCCAAUGGUAAAUCAUAUCGCGUUGAGGUUUCUAAGGAAGAUAAUGGCCUAGUCUUUAAAUCUGGAUGGGCGGCAUUUGUCAACGCAUAUGACCUCGUGCAGCGUGACAUCUUAUUGUUUGAGUCCAGUGGAAGCUCCUGCUUUGAAGUUCGAAUAUUCAAUCAAAGUUGCUGUGAGAAAGAGUUAUCAUGUGUUGCUUAUGAUAAUCAUGAUAUGCAGUCACUCCAAAAGGAAAGGCAUGGUGACAUAAGGAGCAAACGCAUGAUGUGCAAGGAAUGUGCUGCACUUGAUUAUUGGCACCACAAGGAUAAAAUUCGUUUCUUCUUGGUCAAGAUGGGUGUCGAUGAGUUAAAAAAUGGACUGAUCAUACCAAAAAAGUUUGCAAACAAUGUCAGAGAGGGAAUACCUGAAGAAAUCAAGCUAGAACUGCCCGAUGGCAGAACAUAUAGUAUUCAGCUUGCCAAGGAACAGCAUGAGCUUGCCCUUCGAUCUGGAUGGGAUAAAUUUGCUAGGUCCUGUGAACUUGUAGAGGGUGAUAUCUUGUUGUUUGGAUAUAGUGGGAAUUCCCACUUCAAAGUUCGAAUCUUCAAUGUAAGUGGUUGUGAUAAAUUGUUAUCCUGUCUCGUGAAGAACACUACUCCUUGUGUCCAAGAAAGAUAUGGAAGGAGUGCACUAAAUGGUCACAGGAUGAACGAAACAUGCACAAUAUGCAUAGAAAGUGUUAAGCGCCAUUAUUGGCACAUGGAUGGUCAUGACUGGUGUUUCUUCAAGGUUAUUAUGUGCAUUGAAAAUUUCAAGGAUGAAAUGGCCAUACCAAAAAAGUUCAGCACUAAUUUCAGAGGUCACGUAUCUGAUGAAGUCAAACUAGAAGUCCCAGAUGGUAAUAUUUAUAGUGUUCAGGUUGCCAGGGAACAUGAUGAGUUGGUUUUUCGAUCAGGGUGGGCAAAAUUUGCCAAUGCUUAUGAACUUGAACUGGGUUACAUUCUGGUCUUUACAUACAGUGGGAACUCCCACUUCAAAGUGCGGAUCUUGAAACAGAGUGGUUGUGAGAAAGAGUUGUCGUGCGUUAUGAUGGACCGUGGACCUGAUGUCCAAGAAAGGCACAUUGUUCAUGAUCAAUCACUACCUACCAAAAGAAAAAGUCAGGAUGACGGUUCGGAUCACAGUAAUAAAACUUCAAAGAUGACUCCAGCAGGCUCGCCUUCACAGAAAACCAAUUUAGAAUUGAACAAUGAAAAUGUCUUAUCUUCAAAAGAUAUUCAGGACCCCGGGAGUUCAGGUAGCCUUCAGGGAUCCACUAGAUCACCGUACAUCUUAGAGAUGGGUUGUAAACUGACUGGAACUCAGAAGGCAAGAGUCGACGACCUUGUGAAAGAAAAUAGGUCUGGAGUUUCAUUUUAUGUCGCAGCCAUGAACGAGAAAAAUGCGUCAAAUGGAUUUCUGGUCAUUAGCAAGGAGUAUGCUGUCAAGCACCUUCCACAUCAAGACCAGACCAUCAAACUCUGUCGUCCUGCAAACAGCAAAACGAGCGAUGCCAGUUUGAAGGUUAUCACAGAUGGCACAUGCGUCCUUUCAUGCAUCAUUUCUACUGGUUGGACUGGCUUCUUUCGUGAAAAUAAGUUACAGGAAGGUGACAUCUGUGCCUUCGAAGUGUCCAAGAGCGAUGGUAGAGUAACAAUAACAGUCCAUCAUCUUAAAAAAAUGUAUGUGACUACAUCACAUACCAAGCUGACCAGCGAGCAGGAGAGAAAAAUUGAAGAGAAGCUCCAGGUUAUUCAGCCUCAAGUUGAAAUAUAUGUGUCCCUUAUCCGGAGGAACAGGACCAAAAUUUACGUCAAGAAGAGCUAUGCUGAUGCUCAUCUCUCAAGCAAAGGGCAAGACAAUAAUACUUCAGAGACCUGAGAAGACUUGCACUUGGAAAGUCGAUCUCUACAUCGACAACACGAAAAACAUAAAAAAUUAUUUGCUACAGGGUGGCUGGACGAAGUUUGUUAGAGAAAACAAGCUACAUGAUGGUGACAUAUGCCUGUUCGAACCACUCGAGAACGAGAACGAGCCCACCAUGAACGUCUACAUCAUCAGCAUGGCGGCGGCGCCAGUCAUGUGACCAUUACUUAGUGAUAGUGCCUUUUCUGUUGGAAAUUCGCGAGCUUUUGGUUCUCCUCUGCCAGCUCC